AUGGGUGAAGAGCUUGAAGAAGGAGCCCAGAGCCUUAUAAGAAGAAACAGAAGACUAGGGGAGAGACCAAUCCAGGUCAACUUCCACAGGCCCAUGGACGACGUUGACACCUCAAUACCGAAUUUUCUGCCCAAGAAGACAGAAAUGGUUUUGAAUAUUAGCAAUAUAACAAUAUUCCUUCUUCUAACUGGACUCAGCACUGUGGCAAAUCUUUCUGUUUUUGUGAGGUAUGUAUGCACUUUUGUGGGCUCUGGGAAGAAAGCUGUACACCUUAUCCUCAUCCACUUGGCUUUGACAAAUAUUAUUAUGCUUUUUUCUAAAGGAAUGCCAAUGACAAUGACAGCUUUAGGUCUGAGGCACUUCCUUGGUGAUCUGGGCUGUCACAUUACUGUUUAUCUAGGCAGGGUUUCCCGGGGCCUCUCCAUCUGCACCAGCAGUCUCCUCACAGUGGUCCAGACCAUCAUCAUGAGCCCCAGAGCCUCCUGUUGGGGGAGGCUCAGACUCAGGUCUACAGGACAUGUGCUUCUCUCACUGAUCUUCUUUUGGAUUUUCAAUUCUGUGAUCAGCAUGAACCUUCUCCUUUCCUACAGAGACAAAGGUACAAACACAUUGCCACUGCUUAAGAAUAGCGAAUAUUGUUAUUUCAAAAGAGAAAAUCAGAAAAUAAACAAUGUUUUUCUCACCCUUAUGGUCCUGAGAGAUGCAGUGUUGCAGGGUGCCAUGGGAGGGACCAGUGGCUACAUGGUAUUUCUUCUCCACAAGCACCACCUGCAUGUCCUCUACCUUCAGAACUCCAAGCUUCUCUACAGAACUCCCCCUGAGCUGAGAGCUGCUCAAAGUGUCCUCCUUCUCAUGCUCUGUUUUCUUUUCUUUUAUUGGACUGAUUGUGUUGUUUCUUUAUAUUUAUCUUCCUCUUUAAAGAACGACUCCUUAACAAUUCACUUUCAAAAUGUUCUGACCCUUGGUUAUGCAGUUUUCAGCCCCCUUUUCCUGAUUCUCAGGGAUAGACAUCUGAUAGAAUGUUGUCAGGCGCAAUAA